UCUUCUAUCUCUUGUUCUCUUGUCAUUCUUGUUAUUCUUGUUAUUCUCUUGUUCUUCUUCUUAUUGUCUUCUUCUUCUUCUUCUUGUCGUGGUUAUUGCUUCCGCACCCUCCGCUUCCAGUCGUUACUCAGACAGAUCCGCGUGUUCUGUCCGUCACUCGUUCAUCCUCUUCACCUCCUGCUUCACCACCACCACCACCUCUCACCCCCCUACACACCACAAUGCUCCGUCGCGGCUCCUUCGUCGAGUCCACCGCCCACGGCAUCCACCAACUCGCUCCCCCCAUCUCCGUCAAACUCAUCAUCCUCUCCCUCUCCUGGUACUGGUCCUCCGCCGUCUCAAACACCCUCACAAAGUCCAUCCUCAACGUCUUCCCCUACCCAAUCACCCUCACCAUGAUGCAGUUCGCCUUCGUCGUCUUCUGGGCCCUCACAACCUCCACCCUCACCCGCUCCUCCGUCCCCGGCAUGAAGCGCCUCCUCCCCUUCUCCCACACCGGUAUCUCCCGGCCCACCCGCCAGGUCAUCCUCACCGUCGCCCCCAUGGCCGUCUUCCAGCUCUCCGGCCACAUCUUCUCCCACAUCGCGACCUCAAAGAUCCCCGUCUCGCUCGUCCACACCAUCAAGGGCCUCUCCCCUCUCUUCACCGUCUUUGCCUACCGCUUCAUCUUUGGUGUGCACUACUCCGUCUACACCUACGUCUCCCUCAUCCCCCUCACCCUCGGUGUCAUGCUCGCCUGCUCUUUUGAGUUCCAGGGUCAGCUUAUUGGAAUUCUCUGCGCGCUUCUUGCUGCCGUUAUCUUUGUCUCCCAAAACAUCUUCUCCAAGAAGCUCCUCACAAACUCUCCCGCCUCCGAGUUUGAGCCCAAGAAGAAGCUCGACAAGAUCAACCUGCUCUGCUACUGCUCCGGAAUGGCCUUCAUCCUCACCUCACCUCUCUGGUUCUACUACGAAGGUGCCGGUCUGCUGCGCGAGUACAUCAUCUCUGGCACUCUCCCGAUCCAGGCCGAGGGUCUCGACGUCGCCAUGCCUAUCCGCACUCUUAUGCUGCUCUUCUUCCUCAACGGCACCGUCCACUUUGGCCAGAACUUUUUGGCUUUCCAGAUCCUCGGCAUGGUCUCGCCGGUGACGUACUCGAUCGCGAGUCUGUUUAAGCGUAUUUUCGUGAUCAUCGUCGCCAUCAUCUGGUUCGGCCAGGAGCUCAGCCCUGUGCAGAACUGGGGUAUCGCACUCACGUUCGUCGGUCUCUAUCUAUACGACCGCGCCGGAGACGUUGCCAGGAAAGAGCGUAACGCGCUCGGCUCGUCAUCACCGCAGCUGUCGAGAAUUCUGCCUCUGAGUUCGGCGGAUGUGAAGGAGCACCUGACGAUUACGACGCGACCUAGCUGGAGCAAUCACUCGAGCGCGCGGAACAGCAACGAGCUGCACGCACGGCCGACGAUUGAUUCGUCGAUAGAGAAGGAUGCGCUGAUGAACAGUAUGCAUCUCAGCAACGCCUCUUCGACUAUCCUUGUUGCAUAAUGUGCCUUUUUUUUUCUUUUUUCUAUAAUUCUGUUUGUGUUUCCAACUGGUAGCUGCAUUGAUUCCGUUUUCUUUUAUCAAAGUAACAAUAAUUCUGGUG